CUUGUUUGGUGGCUUGCAGCACCGAAACCGGACGACUCACUCUUGAGGAAGUGGCAUUGGAGUCAUUGGUAUGACGCAAAGCUCAAAGAAUUUACACUCCACAAACAUAGCGUCCGGCCAAUUGACAGUCUACUUUCUUCCCAGCUAACUUGCUAUUGUUCCUCUUUCCCACCACUGCCCCCCUCACAUCGUCGCCAUGGUUCAAAGAUCUGACGUCAACUAUUUCGGUGCUGGCCCCGCGCCCCUCCCCACCGUCGUUCUCGAGAAGGCAUCACAAGCGCUGCUCAACUACCAAGACAAAGGCCUUGGCCUCUGCGAGAUCUCCCACCGUUCGCCAGAAGCCAAUGCUAUCCUUGCCGAGACCAAGCAGGCGCUGAGUGACCUGCUCGAAAUCCCCGAUGACUACGACAUCCUCUUCCUGCAGAGCGGCGGCAGCGGCGAGUUCAGUGCAGUUGUCUACAACUUGGUGGCAAUCUGGGUAGAGAAGAAGCGUGCUAAGAUCGCUGAAGAGGUGGGAGACAACAAGGAGGAGAUACUGAAGCGGCUACGGAAGGUCGUGGACGAAGAGCUGAAGGUCGACUACCUCGUCACUGGCUGUUGGUCACUCAAGGCCUCACAAGAAGCUGCACGCCUUAUUGGUGCCAAGCACGUCAAUGUUGCAGCUGACGCUCGCAAGGCCAACGAUGGCAAGUUCGGCAAGAUCCCGUCUGAAGACCAGUGGAGCCUUACACCUCGUUCGGCAGGCGGGCCAGCGUUCGUCUACUUCUGCGACAAUGAGACCGUCGACGGUGUUGAGUUCCCUUCAUUCCCCAAGAGCCUUGAGGGCGAGGAUGCGCCGAUUGUCGUCGCUGACAUGUCUUCUAACUUCAUCUCCCGUAAAGUCGACGUGAAGAAGUACGGCGUCAUCUUCGGUGGUGCUCAGAAGAACAUUGGCAACGCCGGUAUCACAAUUGCGAUCCUUAAGAAAUCGCUUCUUCCUCCUCAGUCGCCCUACGCUUCACCAGAAUUGCUGAGGGAGCUCAAUCUGCCCGUUGGACCUAUCGUACUGGAUUACCCUACCAUUGCUAAGAACAACUCGCUGUACAACACUCUACCCAUCUUUGACGUCUGGGUCGCUGGGCAAGUCAUGAAGGCACUUGUCAACUCCUACGGCGCAAAGCGUAUCAGCAGUCAGGAGGAAAUCUCAGAUGAGAAGGCCAACCUGAUCUACGGCGUGCUCGACAAGUACACCGAUGUCUACCGUGUCGUACCAGACAAGUCCGUGCGAAGUAGGAUGAACAUCUGCUUCAGGGUUGCCGGCGGAGAUGCAGACAAGGAAAAGGCUUUCCUUGCGGGCGCUGAGAAGAAGGGCUUGCUGGGUUUGAAGGGCCACCGCAGCGUCGGAGGCAUUCGCGCCAGUAAUUACAAUGCUGUCUCUCUUGACGGCGCGAAACUGCUCGCAUCUUACCUUGAGGAGUACGCUAAAUCCAUUUAGAAAGCGGUUUUUACCAACGAACUAGCCAUUCUCAACGUGCAAAUUCACAUCUUUACCAUUUAUACCAUGUCGCGCAAUCUCUCCGAGACACUUGGAGCCACAGUGCAAUUACAUUCAACUUCUCGACCAUC